ACCCGUCGCCCGCACUUCCGUCUGCGCCGCCCCGCCCAACCAGCGAGCCCACAGCGGCCCGACUCCGGAAGGAUUCGGCCCAGCGGCCGGAUGUGACGCCUCGGCCCUGCCGCUCGAGAGGCCGCGGAGAAAGCGACGAGAAGGCGGGCCCAGCCAGAGGUCUGGCAGCCAGCGACAGAGCCGGGCGCCCAAGGCCCGACCGUCCCCAGCAGCACCAUGCCUGCGCUUCUGGAGCGUCCGAAGCUGUCCAACGCCAUGGCCAGGGCGUUGCACCGACACAUCAUGAUGGAGCGAGAGCGCAAGCGGCAGGAGGAGGAAGAAGUGGACAAGAUGAUGGAACAGAAGAUGAAGGAAGAGCAGGAGAGAAGGAAGAAAAAAGAGAUGGAAGAAAGAAUGUCACUAGAGGAGACCAAGGAACAAGUAAGCAGUCCCUCCAUCUCUCCCAGUUCUUUCUUCUCUUGGCUCUCCUGCUUUCAUCUUCUCUCCCCUCCCCAGAUCCUGAAGUUGCAGGAGAAACUUUUAGCUCUGCAGGAAGAGAAGCAUCAGCUUUUCCUGCAGCUCAAGAAAGUUUUACAUGAGGAAGAAAAACGGAGGCGAAAAGAGCAGAGUGACCUGACCACUCUGACAUCAGCAGCAUACCAGCAAGGCCUGACCGUUCACACUGGAACUCACCUCCUCAGCAUGCAGGGGAGCCCUGGAGGACACAAUCGCCCAGGCACCCUCAUGGCAGCUGACAGAGCCAAACAGAUGUUUGGACCCCAAGUGCUUACGACCCGGCACUACGUGGGCUCAGCAGCUGCUUUCCCAGGGACCCCGGAGCAUGGGCAAUUCCAAGGUAGCCCGGGUGGCGCCUAUGGGACUGCUCAACCCCCACCUCACUAUGGACCCACGCAGCCUGCCUACAGUCCUAGUCAGCAGCUCAGAGCACCUUCCGCGUUUCCUGCAGUGCAGUACCUAUCUCAGCCACAGCCACAGCCCUAUGCCGUGCACAGCCACUUUCAGCCCACCCAGACAGGGUUUCUCCAGCCUGGUGGUGCCCUGUCCUUACAAAAACAGAUGGAACAUGCUAACCAGCAGACUGGCUUCUCUGACUCAUCCUCCCUGCGUCCCAUGCAUCCCCAAGCUCUGCAUCCCGCCCCUGGACUCCUGGCCUCACCCCAGCUCCCUGUGCAGAUGCAACCAGCAGGAAAGGUAAGUCGGGCUUUGCAACCACCAGCCAGCCUGGCCCUCGGCUCCCCUUCAUCCAGCACAGCCAGAAUCCACGAUUCUACCACAAGUGACCAUCACAUUUAUCUUCAGCCUCAGCCCCAACCCCUGCCCUUGGGGAGGAUCCCUGGUGUCCCAGUACCACGCCAAUAAAAUCUACCUGCCACUG